AUGGCUCUAUUGGAUAGAGCAUACCACACCCCCGCAGAUGACUUCUCGCGAUACGGAGGAGCUACAGCUCACCUCCCCAAGCUCGAAGUCAACGAUCUCCAACAUGCGGGGCCCCCUCCGGGCCCAGGCGCUAAAGCCACGCCUCCGCAGGUUGGACCCGCCCAGCCGUGGUACAACCCUCGCGGGUGGUCACUGCGCACGAAGCUGAUUGCUGGCAUCGUUGGCGUUGCAGUGGUUGUGGCUAUCAUUGUGGGAGCUGUCGAGGGGACAAAGGCAAAUCGCUAUCCGGACUAUACGCAACUCAAUUACCAGCUGGUAGAUACGUAUUCGGGAACAUCGUUUCUCGAUCGCUUUGACUAUUACCAUGGCGAGGACCCUACCGAGGGGUUUGUCCAAUAUGUGGAUCAAACGGCGGCAAAUGCGCUGAAUCUCACUUAUGCUACGGACACAUCGGUCGUACUGAGGGUCGAUACCUCGAAUCAGAAUGCGGUUAAUGGUCGACAGUCGGUGCGGCUGGAGUCUAAGACCGGGUACGAUAAUGGCCUGUUUGUCUUUGAUAUUCUUCAUACGCCCUAUGGCUGUGGUACGUGGCCAGCGUUGUGGUUGACGGAUACAUUCAAUUGGCCGACGAACGGAGAAAUCGAUAUCCUGGAGACAACCAACAAUGCUCCCGAAGGCAAUGCCGUCACAUUGCACACGACCAGUGGCUGCAAUAUGAAAGUCAGGCGCAAGCAGACUGGUGAUACGGUGUAUACAACCUGCGACAACAGUACCAACGGCAACGCAGGGUGUGGUGUCCAAGGAUCGCCAGAUAGCUAUGGUGAGCCUUUCAACAACAACGGCGGAGGUGUCUACGCCCUGGAACUGCGGGACGCCGGCAUCCGCGCCUGGAUGUUCCCACGAGACUCUAUCCCAGACGACAUCACCAAUUCUAGCAGCUCUCCAGACCCAUCCACCUGGGGCACUGCGUUAGCCGACUUCCCCAACACCGAUUGCGACAUCCCGUCGCAUUUCCGCAAUCAAAGCAUUAUUGCUAACAUCGACCUGUGCGGUACGCUCGGCGCUCAGAAGCAGUUCUACACCGAACAAUCGCAUUGUCCGGGCACGUGCAACAAUUUUGUCGCAACCAACCCAUCAGCCUUUACAGAGGCUUACUGGGAAUUCAAAAGUUUCAAAGUCUAUCAAGCUCGAUAG